AGACGGGAGUCAGCGGGCGGCGAGAUCGCGCACUCUUCUUUUGGCCACACUAAUGUCUCCUGAGUAACCGGCUGCCAGGAAUGGAGGACCCGGAGCCCCGCGACGGGGCGGGCGCCGCCAGACGGAUUACAGCAUGAUAAAACAUUCGCUGCUUUUGUGGUCCUUAUUAACAGCCAGCGAGUGAGGCGUCGUUUGCUGUGAUUCCGGGCCGGCUGUAAGUUAACGACGAGCAAGGAUGGAUGCAUCUUCGAUUACAGGCCAGUCCGGUCAGCCCGAGCCAGUCCGAGCAGGCUGGGUGGAUUGGGUGUAAAGUAAAAAAAAAAAAUAAUAAUAAUAAUAAUAAAAAAGCAGCGGGCUCCUAUCUGCUGGCUCGCGGGGACUUGAACCAUGUCCGCGUUCUGCCUCGACCUGAGCACGUCCGGCGUGGGUUCAGCACCGCUGGAGCUGGACAGCGACUCCGUGGAGCGGUGUCUCACCGAGCCCGUAGGCGGCCCGGCUCACCCGCUGCGCCACGCCGGCUCCGGAGGCCUCGGCGUGGCGUUGGAGGAGGAACUGGCCGUGCUCAGCGAGGAGCAGGAUGGCGCGGGAGCGCUCUCGCUGGACCACAACGCCGACUUGCUGGCUCUCUUCCGCCAAAAGGAAAAGGAUUUGCUUUUAGCUGCCAAACUGGGCAAAGCUCUGCUGGAAAGAAACCAAGAUUUGACCAAGCAAUAUGAGAAAAUGCACAAAGACCUCAACGACAAAUUAGAGCACUUGGAGCAGGAGAAGCACGAGUUGCGUUGGCGUCUGGAAAAUCGAGAGGGGGAGUGGGAGGGCCGCGUGGCCGAGCUGGAGACGGAUGUCCAGCAGCUGCAGGGAGAGCUGGAGCAACACCAGGUCCAGCUGAGAGAGGCGGACAGGGACAAAACUAAGGUCAUCGGUGACCUAUCCGAACAAAACCACCGCUUGCUGGAACAACUUCGAAGGGCUGCAGAGGUGGAGAAGCAGCUAUCCACUCAGGUCCAUUCAUUACGGGACGACUUCAGGGAGAAGAGUACGUCUACAAGACAGCACAUGACACGAUUAGAAACGCUACAAGCUGAAAUAAAGAUGCUGUCGGAGAGGAAGAUGGAGCUGGAGCGGCGGGUACAUGCCAUGCUGGAGGAGAACGAAGUGCUUAAGAAUACUGUGGAAGAUCUCAGAGAUAGGACGCUGGUGCUGGAGAAGCAGUGUCACGAGAAGGACCUACAGUUGCGGCAGAAUCAGGUGGAGCUUCAGGAAGUUCAGUUGUCCCACAGGCAGCUAACAGCUCGGCUGGAGGAACUGACGGAGGAGAGCAGCCUGCAUAGCCUCACCCCCCACCAGUCCAGCCUGAUGUGUGAGAUAGAGCAAAGCAUGGAGCAAGAGGAGCAGGAGCAGGAGAGAGAGCAGCUGCGUCUCCAGCUGUGGGAAGCCUACUGUGAGGUGCGCUCGUUGUGCUCCCAUCUCCGAGGUAAUGACGUCACAGACUCUGCGCUAUCCACAGACUCGUCCAUGGACGAGUCCUCGGAGACGUCCUCGGCCAAGGAUGUGCCAACCGGGAGCCUUCAUGCCAGCCUGCUAGAACUGCGCAGGCUAACACAGAACCUGCUGGAUGGAAACGAGUCGACGGGUUCUCGACGCAGUGACGAGGAAGCUCUGGAGGAGCAAGUGAAGAAGCUGGGAGAAGAGCUGAGAGAUGUCCGAGAGCUGUAUGAAGCUGAGCAGGACAAGACGCACAACAGUAAAGAAGAGUUGCUGCAGUUGCACAAUCAGAUGGCGCUGCUCUCAGUAGAAAUGUGUUCCCUCCAAGAGGAAUCCGAGCGGAUGAGGACCAUGGCAGAGGUCCGAGAGCCCAGCGAGCAGCUCCAGAGUGCCAUUAAAGACAGAGAUGACGCUAUAGCCAAGAAGAAGGCAGUGGAGAUGGAGCUGGCCAAGUGUAAAAUAGACAUCAUGUCUCUAAAUAGUCAGCUUCUGGAUGCCAUCCAGCAGAAGCUCAAUCUGUCACAGCAGCUGGAGGCCUGGCAGUGGCCUUCCUCAGCCUCCGUCCGUGCCACCCUCUCUCCCUUGUGGUACACUACCCCUCCUGCCUUAGAGGACGACAUGCACAGAGUGAUCGACCAGCAGUUAAUGGACAAGCACCAGGACGAGUGGCGCUCCACGCCGUCGUCCGUCUCCGCGUCCAGAGCUGAGUACACGAGACGGAGGCGACGCCAGAUCACGUGGAGAGGAGAGAGUGACAUGGCAGCGCAGUGCCUACGUGCCAUCGCCACUCCCCACUGCCGAGCCCGUUCGAGACUCAACAUCCCUUGUGUCAGGCGAAUGACGCGGAAUUGCAGAGCAGCUGGAGCCGUGAUCGGAACGUGUUGAUGGUUGGAUGGCAACGCCUGACUCUGACUGGAGUACAUUUGUUUGAGAGUUUAUUCAUUUGUUUUGGAUGUGUUAAAACACAAGGCCACAUCAACGUGUAGUUUGUAAUGGAAAAAUCUCACGUAACACCACCCAAAAAAAGUACAUACAGUAAAGCGCCGCAUAUUUGCAGUUGGGCACUCACAAAUCUGCUUCUUUGUGGAUUAUUUGCUGGUAAUGUGCUCAAGCCAAAGCCAUCUUUUAUAUAAAAAUAUUGAUUGGUGCCAUUUUGCAGUAUCUUGGUGACAAGGAGCUAUGUUGAAGUUCGGGGAGGAGCUUCAUUUCGUCAGCCCCAUCCCCUUGUCCAAUCGAAAAAAGUAAUCUUGGGGCAUCUAUAGGCAAUUACAAACCUUUUUGGGUUGGCAAUUACUUGCGGAUAUUUGCCAUUAUAGUGAGGUCACUGUGGGCCGUAAUAAUGAUAAGCCCGUCUCAAAUUAUUCUCUCAAAUUGACUUGCUCACUGAGCCUGUUUAGUGGAACACAAAACUGUCAUUCUGUUGUAUGACUGGUUCGUGGAAAAGAAUUCCAUUGUUCUGCCUGUCCCGCUGGCAGAGAUAGAUUUAAAAAGAUCAUCAGCAGAAACAAGUUCUGUCUUGCACUGAACUUUUCCUUUGGAUACUUUCCAUUCCCAGUGACCUACGGGAGGCCUUUAUGUUGAUCUCCAACAUUUGAAUAAACCUGCGGGUUUAACAUCCCCGAUGCACGCGUCACGUACUCGUGCAUGAGAAGACGCUGUCCUCUAUUAUUUCAAACAUUUUUUCUAGGCAACCAAAUUAUUCCAAUGUUUACAUGAGCGUGAGAAGGAGGACAACAAAUGUUGCAUUUCAUAUCACGAAAAGACAUGUUGACUUGAAACAGAUGAGUGUACACGGUAAUAUUUUUAGCUGGGAAAAAAAAAAAAAGUCUACCUCCAUCAUCACUGCUUCAAUACUUCAUGAGCACUUUGAGUUGUUACUAAACUGUUAGGCUUCCGUUGAGGCGACGUGACGUGAAUGCCUUUUUGUUGUUUUUGUUGUUGUUUUGUGCGCUGCCGUGUUAGCUCCUCUUUGUCUGUACGUGCGCGCGCGUGUGUGUAUGUUUGAGCAGCUGUGCAAAACCUAUGCAGAUGUCAUCUUCAGCCGGUUGUUUGAAGGGAGAAACCCAAAGACUGAUACAUAAAGUAUAGAAAACAAUUCUGAUUAGGUCUGGAUGACGUGAAUAUAUUUAUAGAUAAAAUCCAUACCUUUUCAGUAAAUACUUUUUAAAAUAUUAAUUUGUUUUUCUUUAGUUUGUUUUUAAAAAUGUUUUUUUUUUU